CUUCAGCCAGAACUUUGUUUUUUCUUGACUCCUUCCAUGGAAGAGUUGACCUCUUUGAAUCAAGAAAAAGAAACCCAAGAACCAGGGGAAGCAGGGCAGCCACGGGAAGAAAUGACAGCAGCUUCUUCCCAAGAUCCUGAGCCUGGGUUAUCUGAGCCCCCAGAAUCCCAGACGGGUCCAGAGACUGAAUCCCAGCCCAAUAGCAGCCCUCCUCGGAGUCCCCAGACUAAAGCCAGCAUGCCACUGGGCGACCUCACAAGACCAGGUGCAUCAUCUCCGGCUUUCCCUCCCCAGGAGGCCUCUUCUACUCCUUCUUCCCUGGCUCUUGCCAGACAGGACCUUGCAGCAUCAUGGCAGUCAGGCAAGACCACUAGUGUGAUUUCUGAAGCUGGGACACCUUACGCUGACCACCUGGAACAAUCACCUGAUAAAGGAGAAUCACCUCUUCAUCAGACAUGCCAAUCAGAGGGAAAUGCCUUUCAACAGUCUCAGAAAGCCAAACAUCACGUUUUUGGAGCAAAGGAUGUGAGCUAUACCAACGCAAAACCAAAAGAGCUGGAAUUUGAUAUUUUUCAGGAGGAAGAUACAAACAGUAACUAUGAUCUGGAUCAGACUGGGCCUAGGGCCUCUGAAAUGGCCCCUGGCAUGCUUGAGAUUGCCAUUCAGAAUGCUAAGACUUACCUACUGAAGACCAGUAGCAAGUCCGGCUUAAAUCUAUAUGAUCAUCUUUCUAAUAUGCUGACCAAGAUCUUAGAUGAGCAUCCUGAAAAUGCUGUGGACAUCAUUGAAAAUAUUAGCCAAGAUGUGAAGAUGACACAUUUUAGUAAAAAAUUAGAUACACUUCAAAAUGAGAACGAGAUGCUUCCAACAUAUGAAAUAGCAGAGAAGCAAAAGGCUCUUUUUCUCCAGGGAAACUUGGAAGGAACUGACCAAGAACUGGAAGAUGAAAUAGCAGAAAAUUCUCUUUCAAAUGUAAUGGAGUCAGCUUUUUAUUUUGAACAAGCUGGAGUUGGUCUGGGUACAGAUGAGACUUACCGCAUAUUUCUUGCCCUCAAACAGCUUACUGACACCCACCCAAUCCAAAAAUGCCAUUUCUGGGGCAAAAUCUUGGGUCUGGAAAUGAAUUAUAUUGUGGCUGAAGUAGAAUUUCGUGAGGGAGAUGAAGAGGACAUGGAAGAGGAAGAUAUAACUGAAGAGAGGGACAAUGGAGAUAGUGAAGCUGAUGAAGAUGAAGAUGAAUUACCAAGGGCCUUUUACAAGGCCCCGCAGGCUAUACCAAAAGAAGAAAGUAGAACUGGUACCAAUAAAUAUGUCUAUUUUGUUUGCAAUGAACCAGGAAGACCAUGGGUGAAGUUACCAUCGGUUACACCUGCACAAAUUGUUACUGCAAGAAAAAUCAAGAAGUUUUUCACUGGGCGAUUGGAUACUCCCAUCAUAAGCUACCCACCUUUCCCAGGAAAUGAGAGCAAUUACUUACGAGCACAAAUUGCCAGAAUUUCAGCAGGGACCCAAGUCAGCCCUCUAGGAUUCUAUCAGUUUAAUGAAGAGGAAGGAGAGGAGGAAGAAGAAGUAGAAGGCAGGCGAGAUAACUUUGAAGAAAACCCGGAUUUCGAAGGCAUUCGAGUGAUUGAUCUAGUGGAAUCCCUAUCCAACUGGGUUCAUCAUGUACAACAUAUUCUCCCUCAGGGUCGCUGUAAUUGGUUCAAUCCCAUACAAAAAAGUGAGGAGGAGGAGGAGGAAGAUGAAGAAAAAGAAGAAAAAGAAGAACCUGACUACACAGAACAGGAAGUGGGGCCUCCUCUUUUGACACCAAUUUCUGAAGAUUUAGAGUUCCAAAAUACACCACCGUGGACAACACGGCUCUCCUCAAAUCUCACUCCUCAAUAUGCUAUUGCAGUCCUUAGAUCCAACCUUUGGCCUGGAGCAUACGCCUUUUCCAAUGGCAACAAGUUUGAAAAUUUCUACAUAGGCUGGGGUCAUAAAUAUAGCCCAGAGAGCUAUACACCCCCAGUUCUACCACCAGUUUACCAAGAAUACCCCAGUGGAGCAGAUGUUACAGAAAUGGAUGAUCCUACUGUGGAAGAAGAACAGGCUUUCAAAGCUGCACAAGCAGCAGCUCUACUUCCAGCUGAGGAAAAUGAAGUAAUCGAGGAAGAGGAAGAUGAGGAUGAUUAUGACUGAGAAUAAAAUUAAGACUGAUGUGAGACUAAUACAUAACUAAGGUGGGACCAAUUUUACAUGUUAUAUGUAAUUUACAUAAUUAUAUGAUCAUGUGCAAACUAUUCCUUGAAAAUAUCAAAUUUGGAAUUUCAUAUGUGUAGCUGAUAUGUGCUUAUACAAAGAUGCUUAAUGGACUUUCCAGAGGCCAAAUGACAUGUUCUUACACCACAGUUCUGAUGGCUACAAUUCAUGGAAUAUUUUGGUAUUGUCAAUUGGUACCACGACCAAAAAUAUUGCUAACCACCAAAUUAAAGCAUGUGCUCUUAACCAGUGUGUGAUACUGUGUGCAAAUACUAUGCAUAUUUGUAUGUUAUUUUCACUUUUUGUUCUAGUUGCUGGGGGAGAGUUUAUGACUCUACCACCUGCUCAGACUGUGGGAACACUUAAAUUUUUAACUUACUACAUCUUAAAUAACUUUCCCAAAAACUUGUCAUUCAUCCUAUAGAAAUUGGUUUGACCUGAUUGGAUGAAAAUUUGUAGACUGCUAGCUGGGAUAUCCAAAGACUUCAGACUGUUAUUUUCUACCAGUGCUUCUCUAAAAUUAGUUAUUAUUUUCUUUCAAUAAAUACGUAUUUUUAAGUCCUCUAUGUGCCAGGCACCCUGAGACUACCAUUAUAAACUAGACAUUGUUUCUGAAAUCUUAGAAUUUACAUUCAAAGUGGGGAAUAUUAAAAGGGUAAUAGAAAACUAAAAUAGAUUGCAACUUAGCAGGUACUGUGAUACAAACAUUCCAAGGUACCAUAGAACAGUGCUUCUCACUAUGGAAAAGGACCAAUUAAAAACAAAUUCUAGUCUACCGCUAUUAUUUUUAUAAUAUAAAGUAAAAAUGUCACAGCAAUUAUAAUUUCUGUAUCUCAUCACAGAUAGGCAGUUUGCAGAUCACUAAUUUACACUUUGAGAAGCACUGCUAUCAAACUCUUAGAAGGUGCAUUUAACCCAGACUUGAGCAGUGCCAGAAGCACUUUUAGAAGGUGGAAAACUAAGUGGAGAAGGGUGCUAAGCACCACCUUCCAUUCUGGCAAAGGACUUCAGGCUCAAAGUUGUGAAACUUUUGAGUGGUGAGAAAUGAACCUGGUAGGGCUCAAAUUGUGUGGAAUGUCUAGAAUUUAUCCAUGAGCAAUGAAGAGGGCUAAACUAGGAAAUCACAACUACUUUAGAAUAUUUUGGCUUCAGUGUGGAAGAUGAACUGACAGAGGAUCUAGGUUAAGGAGACUAGUUUGUAGGUUAUCACAUUACCUAGGUAAGAGAGAAUGAUGACAUGAAAAGAGGAAAAUUGCAUGGCAGAUAUAAGUAAAACCUGGUUAUGGUAUGAAUUACAGAAUAACAGCAAGGAUGGGAUUUUAUAAUUGGCAUUAUUAUUCAUUCUCAGAGUACAACUUUAAGUAUUUGAUGUAGUAGCUAAUGUUUAUAAAACUUCAAAUAUGUUCUUUACAUUUUUUCAUGGACUAGAUACUUGUUGCUUUUUGUUGUUGUCAUUUAAUAUCCAUUUUCUCACCUACUCUGAUUUCCUUUUGCGAAACUGCCUCCAUCCAAUGGCAUACAGUCUCAUGAUAAUCAGAUACACCCUUUAUAGAAUCUGAAUUUUGAGCAGGGACAUUCUACCUCGGCUCCUAACCUGACUGUCAUGCUAUAAAUUAGACCAUAUUCCAGCCUCUUGAGUUGCCUUGGUUCCAGCAUAGUUCUCUAGUUACCUGUAGAUUCUGUGAAUUUCUGAUAUUUCAGUGAGUUCCCUUCUGCUCAAAUUGGCCAAAGGAUUCUUGCUUGCAACCUUACAUGACACAUCUAACAUGAAUCUGACAGUUUCUUCCCUAAAGGACACAUUAAACACAAGACUCUGAACUACGUAAAUUAUGUAAGAGAAAGUAAAUGUUUAACAAAAGCAAAUCCAUCGCUAGUUAUGCCUGUUAAAUAUUAAGGUUAGUCUAUGAAGUAAGAAAGUAAUUUCAUUAUACAGCUGACUCAUGAACAAUACUAGUGUACCAACCCCCUGCACAAUCAAAACUCCACAUAUAACUUUUGACUACCCAAAAACAUAAUUACUAGUAGCCUUCUGUUGACUGGAAGUCACACAGAUAACAUAAACAACACGUAUUUUGUGUAUUAAAUACUGCAGUCAUAUAAUAAAUAAAGCUAGAGAAAAGAAAAUGUUUUUUCAAAUUGUCACAAAUCUCCAAAAAAUUUUCCAAUAUUUGUUGGAAAAAAAACUUUUUUUGUAUAAAUGGACUUGUGCAGUUUAAACCCAUGUCAUUAAAGGGUCAACUCUAUGUUUUACAACAGAAAAAAACAGAAUACUAUAAUGGUCAGAGCCUGGAAGUAAAACAGCCUAGGUUCAUACACUGGAUUAUGAUAAUUUUCUUGGGCAAAUUACUAAUCUCCCAGAGCUUCAGCUUCCUGACAGAGCUAAUAAUAGUACUGUCUCAUAGAACUAUUCUGAAGAUUAAU